AUGAAAGCUGUUGAACUUGCCUUAUUCUACCUACUCAUAGCUACAAAUAAGGCCAAAGUGUAUCAUGCUUGUGACCUCUACUACACACUGAAACUCCUUGGGUUGGAUCCUUUUAAUAGCAUCUUCUCAGAAGACUAUGUCUGUGCAGCUGAUUACACAAGCAGGCUCGACACAUUAUACUAUGAAAAUACAAGAGGUAUUCCACACUAUGGAAUAUUCCAGUUGAGUGGCCUCGAAUGGUGCAAUAAUGGAAGGCAUUUCUCACAGAACAAAUGCAAUAUUUCCUGUGAUAAGUUCCUAGAUGAUGAUGUCACAGAUGAUGCUCUCUGUGUUAAGAAAAUUGUCGAAAGCACAAAGGACAUGAGAGCGUGGCCACUGUAUGAGAAAUACUGUACUCAACAUGUGGUCAUGCUUUAUUAUAUAAAGUGCCUUUUUAAGAGAGGAGAGAGGACAAAUUCACUUCAGAAGAGGAAUGAGCCCAAGAUCAGCACACCUUAG